UUUUUUCCAUUUUGGGUUAGGAUGGCGGUGCCUAUAUGUGAUACAAUUAGUUUUACGUUUCGGUAUGGUUAGCAGUGCCCAGGAUUUGUUUUAUUUUGAUUAUCAAAGUCGUGAAAGUGAAGUUUAAAGUGGGCGUGUCACUUGCAGUUGAGUAGAAGCGAUAAGUGGAUCUUUUGCGUACAAAACGAUAAAGGACCGCUUGCCAGUAAUUGUCUCAUCUAUUGCUGAUACUCUCUACCGCCUUAAGAAGAAUAUCUUGGAUCAACAUGGACAGGCAGCCGUGGAAGAGCUGAAAAUAAUUAUAGGACAUAUGUCCAAGCUGCGCCAUGAGAUUUCCACCGACAAGCCGGUUACUCCGCUCACCGACAACCGCAGCGACACUCCGGUGUGGAACCAGUAUCUCCAGAAACAGACGGAGAUCGAGGGUCAGGUUCCCACAUGGUUUUCAUCCCCGUGGCUCUACCUCGAGUGUUACAUGUACCGGAGGAUUCAAGAAGCAGUUUCCUUGAGUAUGCGGUUACAGAGCCUUGAUGUGUUUGAAACUCAGAAACGGAGCUCCUAUCUGUUGUCGGAUGGUGCAAUCACGACACUGCUCAUGUACCUGAUGUCAGUGGUCGACAGCUGUAAAACGGCUUCAGAAAAUGAUCUUCACUUCCUCUUCAAAGAGUUUCUUCAGGUCGCGCUGUGGGGCAAUAGGUGUGACUUGUCCAUAUCGGCAGGGUUAGGCAACGCACAGAAAGAAUGCAUCUUAACGAAGCUAGAGAGUCUAUUUCCAAAUAUACUCGUUAACGACUCGGAACUAGCCUGGCAGAGACUCGUGAAAACCCGGUCAACACGAGGCUCACCAGGCAGGAUCGACAUCAUCUUAGACAAUGCUGGAUUUGAGCUGAUGGGCGACUUGUGCCUCGCGGAAUUCCUCAUGGCAGGAAAUCUCGCCUCUUCCAUACACUUCCAUGCAAAAGCAAUGCCAUGGUUUGUUUCUGACGUGACACAGAAUGAUUUUGAUUGGACCUUACAAACAAUGUGUGCAACCAAUAAUCUGGCCAUUUCCAGAUUUGGUGCUAAAUGGAAAGAACGACUUAAAAGUGGAAUUUGGGUACUUCACCAAGAUGAUUUUUGGACCACACCUUUCGAUUACAGCGUAAUGGCUUCCAGAUCUCCCAGACUCUAUCAGAACCUCAGUGAGUCGGAUCUUAUUUUCUUCAAAGGAGAUCUAAACUAUCGAAAGUUGGUGGGAGACCUUGACUGGAAUCCUGAGACGUCUUUCACUACCAGUCUUCGAGGGUUUUCACCUGCCCCUUUACUGGCCCUCAGGACAAUAAAGGCAGAUGUAGUGACAGGGUUGCAACCAGGUCAGGAUGUGAAAAUUGCAGCUAAAGACAAGGACUGGAUGAUUGACGGAAAAUGGGCUGUUAUUUCUUUCAGUGAGCCCAAACAGUUGUGAUGUAUUCCCAUUGUUUUUAUAUUUCCAAACUAUUUUACUAGUUUUUUUUUGUGAUAAAAAAAAGCAGACUGUAAUCUUUGCAGACUAAUUAAAUUAUGUAUUUUUGCACAACAAUUAAAUUAAUAUGCAGUGUUACAUUAUAUAGUUCUGCACAAACAUAAAUAUGCAAGGUCAUGGUGUGACAGAUAUGGGACCGAAUUUACAAAGCUGUGUAACUACAUACCUUUACUAUGCUUAAACACCUGCAUUUAAGAAAAACAGACUUCGUAAAUUCGGCCCAUUUUAAUAAGGUAGAUUAUUUAAAUAUGAAGAGUGAUGCCAUGUUUAAUUAAUCCAACUGGUGCUCUAGGAAUUGCAUAAUUUGUAAUGUAUUUGAUAAUGUCAUAGUUUGUUACAUCAAGGUAUACACCAAAAGUAAUAUUUAUUUUUACAAUAAGUUUCGCUGUUGACAACCAAAAACAAUGUAGUGGUCAACACAUUUUAUUUUUUGAUAAAGACCUACGGCUGAAACGCUAAGCAGGUUAGUUUUUUUUUUUAUAAUGUCCUAUGGCCAAAAGGAUAAAGAAGAGUUUGGACAGAGUUUUAAUUUUACAUUUGUCUCUUCCCUUUUAAGUUUUAUUUACAUAGGUUGUUCAUUUAUGUAUACCACUGUAUGAUUUGUUUGCAGUUUUUACAAAUACCAGUGUUUUCAUGGGUAUUACGUGUAAUUUUUGAAAGAUGUUCAUUUUUAUAAAACUGUAACCAAGGACAGUGUUAAAUUUUUCAAGGCGAAGAACUGUGAAAAAGAAACAUAAUUGCCAACAAGAGUCCAUUUGCAUCACCCACAAACCUCCCUGUUGAUGUGCUGGGUUUUUUCACCCCUUAAAACUUUGUCCUUAACAAAUGUUGAUUGUCUUCACUUUUCAUGCUGGGGUGUUGUUAAACAUUCAUUCAUUCAGUGGCAUGUUUGGGAAGGUGAGCAAUCGUGGUCACUCGCUAGACUAGUUUUUGCAUCUAAUGUUAAAUGAAUAUGAUGUAAUAGAAGAUGAUGGUACCAGUCAAUAUAUUCACAAAUGCUUGGCCUCCUGAACACACCACUGGUCCAGAUAAUUUGCUUUACGGAAUGCUGGGAAACUCUUUCAAUUUGUCCAUAAUUCUCCACUUUCGAUGACUUAAUGCUCUGGUCUUCGUUGAUACACAACAGCCAAUGUAUUUUUUGUGCUGGGGCACCUUUAUAAAAAUUCAUUCAUUCCUUUAAUAAAAUGCAAAAAUAAUAUUAAUGUGUAUUUUGUUCUACAUGGGUUGUGUUAAUGGUUUGUUUUUAUAUUUUUUUGUGGAUGAAUUUAUCAAUGUAUAAGUUACAAAUUUAGUAUAGCUUCACUACAUGUGCUCUUACACAAUUUGUGACUGUUAUACAUAACUUUGUUUAGUUAAAUUAAAACAAAUUAUAUAGAUUUUUGUACAUUUCAUAAACAAUUACUUUCACAAGGAAUGUCUGUUGUGUCUUGAUUUUUCCUUACUGAUUGAACAUUAUCCAUCAAAUAUUUUAAAUAUUAAAGACUUUUACAGUG